AUGAUCAAUCAGACACUUAGUAUGAGCAGUAUAAGUACAACAAUGUACUUGAUACUGAUCAACAAUACCGAUUGUAUUAUUACAUCAAUCAAUUCAACUUAUUUGGAAUGUAUCAUUAUAUUGAAUACAAAUACAACAACAGUAUAUCAACAACAACAAAUAGAAGGAGGAGUCAGUGGUAGUGAUGGUGAAUUUGUUGAGAUUUAUAUAUCGAUUGAUGGACAUUCAUUCACAUCUCACAAUUCUAUUUAUAUUAAAUAUCCUUUGCCUCCUGCGUCCUCCUCCUCCUCCUCUUCGUAUUCGUCGAAUGAUAUUAGUAAUAGCGAUUACCAACCAAACAACACCAAAUAUUAUAUUAUUGCUGGUGUUUUAGGUGGAGCAUUGGUAGCAGGAGUUACUGCUUUAAUAGUCAUGCGCAUCAAGAGAAAACAACUGAUCAAUUCAAGAAUCAAAUUCAACAAUCGACUUGCAUUAAAGAAACUAUAA